AUGGGUGGAAUGGGGCGCAAGAAGCUCGGCGUGGUGAGUCUGGCACUUAUCACGUACUUUAACGUGAGCGGCGGGCCGUGGGGGUCGGAGCCUAUUGUGGCCGCAUGUGGGCCGUUUGUGGGUAUCAUGGCCACGCUCGUAUUCCCGUUUAUUUGGUGUCUUCCGCUGGCAUUGUCAUUCGCCGAGUUAUUCUCCGCAUUCCCAACCGAUUCGAGCUUCUGCACGUGGGUGGGCAAGGCUUUCGGUCGCCGUAUGGGGUUCCACGUGGGGUAUUGGAGCUGGGUUUCAGGCGUGAUCGACAAUGCCAUCUACCCAUGCCUCAUGGUAGAUUCCGUCUAUGCAGUGUUAAAGGGGCCUCACGAGUUGCAUUCCUUUAUGGUACCUACCUGGAUGUACCUCGUAAGAGUUACAGUUGCAACGGUGUUCAUGUUACCGACGAUUUUCAGUAUCGAUGCUGUCGGCCGCUUCCUCUUAGUACUUGGACUUGCAAUGGUCGCUCCAUUCGUUGUACUGGUAGUCGUGAGUGUACCUCAGAUCAAUCCGGCCAAUUGGUUCGUCGUCAGUGCUGCUCCACAAUGGAGUCAACUCAUUAGUGUAUUGUACUGGAGUUACAGUGGAUUCGACGCGGCUGGAGCUUAUGCGAGUGAGAUCGACUCGCCUCGACAAACGUAUCCGCGGGCCAUGAUGCUCACUGUCGGGUUAGUGGCUCUCACGUACUCAGUUCCGUUCCUUGCAGCGUCGGGGGUCAACAAGCCGUCGUACAGCUUAUGGAGAGAUGGUUACUACCCCAUGAUCGCCGAGAAAAUUUCCGGCCCGGGUCUACGUACCUGGUUUCUCGGCUGCGCAUUGCUCGGCAACCUCGGGGUCUACAUCGCCAAGAUGACCAAGAACGGCUUCCUGCUGGCCGGUAUGGCCGAUCUCGGUCUUGCUCCGAACUACUUCAUCAAACGCACAGCUUCAAAUGGAGUACCUCGUCGUGCCAUCCUCUUAUCUUACGGUAUCAUCGUGUUCAUGGCGCUAUUUGACUUCAACGUCAUCCUUGGCGUGGACAAUUUCCUGUCCUCUUUGGCUUGUGUAACAGAACUCUGUGCCGUCGUGAGGUUACGGUUUACCAUGCCUACACUGGUGCGGCCAUACAAGGUCAACAUCUCGGAUCGAGGGUUACUGCUUGCCAUGGCCAUCCCCUUCUCCAUCGGCUCGUUCGUCAUGCUCAAUGAACUCACCAAGUCAACGCUCAGUUUGACGCUCAACCUCAUCGCAUUGGCCAGUGGGUUAGUGUGUCAGCAGUUCCUACACAGGCCGCCAGCGUCCGUGUACACACCGUUAGCUGCUGCUAUUCAACUGGAACUUGGCACACCAGCACCAGGAGGAGGAACAUUCGGGAUCGUCACGCCGGCGUCACCUUCUCUCCUGGAACAGCAUAAAGGCGUGUAACUUGGUUACUGUGUAAGUUCACGUAGACACCCUAUUGACUCCCUAUUAUCUUCGUAUAUUUGCCAGUUCUUUGCCGAGGCUACUGGGGGGAUUUCUUGCGCACAUCAAUACAGCAACGUGUCCAUACAAACGCGUCUACGGU